AAGGGUUAUCGAUCGCUCACUCUCGGCUCAUCGGGUCUGGAAUAUGCAGUAAGACAAAAGUAAUUGAUAUGUUUGCGAAUCAGGAAAUAGACUAGGCUUUGCGAGACUACCUUUUGCUACGCUGGAUCCCCACAGCUAACAUGAGCUUCCCGCCAUGGAGCAGUGGAAAGAAAUUAGUUCACUUGGAUCUCAAAGGGGCUCCUCCCAGAAUCGCAUACCUGCGAAAGCUCAUACCCCUGUUUGCUCGGCUCGGUGCCCAUGGGUUACUGUUGGAGUAUGAGGACAUGUUUCCCUACGAGGGGAAGCUGGAGGUCCUGCGAGCUACCAGUCACUCCUCAUACAGUCGUGCAGAGAUCCAGUCAAUUCAGGAUGCAGCCAGAUCCAGUGGGUUGGAGGUUAUUCCCCUGGUUCAGACUUUUGGGCACCUCGAGUUUGUCUUAAAGCACCAGCAGUUCUGGGAUCUACGGGAGGUUGGUUCCUGCCUUGGGACCCUGAAUCCAAACAAGCCACAGAGUUUGCAGCUGGUGCUGGAGAUGGUGCGGCAGGUGCUGGAAUUGCAUCCUGACAGCAGAUAUCUGCAUAUCGGGGCAGAUGAGGUCUACCUCCUCGGCCAAGGGGAGGAGUCAAAGCAGUGGCUAAGCGUUCCAGGUCAUGACGUACACGGCUUGUUCCUUGGUCAUGUGACAGACGUGGCUAAGAACAUACAUGCAACCUGGCCCCAGCUCAAGCUGAUCAUGUGGGAUGACAUGCUGAGGGGUGUGAGCCACGAUGUCCUGAAAGACAGUGGUCUUGCUGGAGUUGUGCAGUUGAUGCUGUGGGACUACAGCCCCUUUCUUGAUGCUGAAAACACAGGCCGUCUCUUGCAAAAGUACGAGAGUGCGGGUCUCUCUCGGGUGUGGGCUGCCAGCUCGUUCAAAGGCUCCACCGAGGUGAGCACCUGCGUGACCUGCACGCAGAGGCACGUGGAUAACCACCUGCAGUGGCUAAAGGUGGCGGCCGCACUGCACGGCGGGAUAGAACUGCAGGGCAUCGCCAUCACCGGCUGGCAGAGGUAUGACCACUUGUCUGUCUUGUGCGAGCUGCUGCCAGUGGGGCUGCCCUCUCUCGCUGCCUGCCUUCAAACCCUGCGCCACGGCAGCUUUGGCAAGGAGGCCCAGAGCAGUGCGAUGGAAACCUUGGGCAUCACUACCACAGAGGUGACACUGAUGGCAAGCUCUCCCCCGGGCAGCACACCCACGUACCCGGGAUUCAAGUUGGCGGGGCUGGUGGUGGAGCUCAACACAUUGCUGCAAUCAGAGGAGCUGCGUUUCCCGGCCAAUAACAUGUAUGUGAAGGGCUGGUUCACUCCGUACCACAAGCAGAGGAGGCUGGCUAACCCGCUUAUCGUUCAGCAAAUACAACAGCAGGCCACGCUCUUGCUGGCAAGUGUAGAGCAGAAGGUCCAGGCCUUGUGCGUGGAGAUGACACAGCUGUUCCCCGAGGCCACUGCAGAGGAGUGGGUUCAGCAGCAUGUCAGCACGCUGCUGGAGCCCAUCCGCAGUCUGCUGCAGGACACACAAGCCACCAUCCAGGAGAUGCUUCCAGAUCACACUCGCCUGCCCCCAGCUGUGCAGGAGGCCAGAGAUAGAGGACAGGACCACUGAGCAUUGACCUCAGUAGAGGCACAGAAUGCUAUCACCUCACCCCAUGUGAUUUUUAGGAGUUAAAAAUUAAGGACAUUAAUAUUGAGGUCAUCAGGAGCCCGUCCUUCCUGUGCACCGUGGUUCAUGUUUUAGUUGUUAUAUGUGAGCAUACAUGUAACAUGUACAUAUGCACAUGGGCAGCUGUUAGCCUAGCAGUUCAGCCGCAGUACCCAUGAUGGAAAACCCAAGGUUUCUGGUGCUUUAACUGUGAAAUUCUUGUGUAAAAUAUAGAUUUGAAUAGCAGGCUAACGCUUCCGGCUAUGGCUUUUUAACCAACGGUUCUGUUCCUAGCAGUCUGAAGAUAUAGAACCAAUAUGCAGCCAAAACAUCAACCAUGCUGUUGUUAAGGUUCUAACUGCACUUCAUUGUAUGUCUGUCUGAUUGCAGAGAUGAAAACAUACCCUGCCUACAUAUUAAAAUUUACCCAAACACUA